AUGCUCGGCGUCGCGAUCCUCGCCAUCGCCGGCGUGGCCAGCGCAGCCAACGUCACUGUCCCCUCUACAAUAUCCGCGGGCGUCGAGACGCAAAUCACAAUCGGCUUCGACUCCUGGAAGCAGCCCUUCGUCUACGAGACGGCCCCCGACUCCGUGUGGAACGACCCUGUCGCCGUGUGCAGGAACCCCGCGGACGAGCAGGUCGGCUGCGGCCACGAUGCGAUUUACGAGCAUUACCAGCUGUACCUCUACAACAACGAGUGGAUGCAAUUCUGCUACCUCAGCGACUUCAUCCCCGUCGGAACCACGAACCCCAAGAUCACGAUCCCCAAAGACCUGGGGCCGAGCGAAAAGUACCAGAUCAUGAUUGCAGAGUUCAACGGCUCGCGACCCGUGACAAACUUCUACGGCGUCAACACGUCCAACGCCUUCACCCUCAAAGACACGGACAUCGACGCGUGGACGACGUGGGAGUACUACGGCGGCUACGUCAAGCCGUGGUCCUCCCUGCCUUGCUCGUCGUAUGCCUGCUUCCGCACCUGCGGGCUCAAGUUCUCCGACGGCAAGGGCAACAAGCGAGCCGGCACCGCCGCCGCGCUCUACGACUGCUUCAACGAGUGCCCCGGCAUCCGCGCGGAUUGGAACGAUCACGAUAACCCGUGGGAUUGGUAUAAAGCGUUCGACGGGCACGAUUGGUCGGGCGCGACGAUGGCCGUGACGACGAGCACGCCGAGCGCGAUCAGCACGUCGGGGUGGGGAUACCAGACGGCGGAUGUGCGGGAGACGACGUUGUACGGCACACCGACCGCCGGGCCGACGUAUGCGAUGCGGACGAGCGUGAGGGCCACAGCGACGACGACGGCGGCGGCUUCGAGGGGGAAGCGCAAGGCGCAGCCGGUUCAGGCCGGCGGAGGCAUCUUCGGGACAGUAAUCAUUUGCUUGGGGCUCUUCGCUGUGGGGACAUUGGUUGGGUGGAUCUGGCCCGAUGGAUUGAGAUCGUCUUGGUAG